GAGAAGAACCCAAAUAGUGACGACAAGAUCAAGAGGAAGUUCAAUUAGCUUUGUUUAUUAACUUAACUUCUAGUACGUCUCACAUUUGACUCCGCAUAGUUGUGUGCGUUUGACUUUAUGACUUAAAUGCAUGACUGCAUCGUGACGUUCGAUGCGUUCGCGAGCCGCUCUUGAAUGCAGUGAAUGUAUUUGGCAGCGAAAAGCAUGAGGAGGUCACUGUGUGUGUACAGUGAAUCAGCUGAGUGUUUACCGCCUCAGCUCCACUCAUGAUUCAUCUACAUCUUGAUAAUGUUUGUACAGAUCUUAUGUAUCUAAAUGAAACCACAGGAGUGGAACGAACAAGAACUUAACUUGGCAUCGACAAGCUUAUCUUUUAUCCAGCGAGGAAACUCUGCUUUUUUUUUUUUUUUUUUUUUUUUACGAAAUCCUAUUUGACUGUAAGGUAAAAGUACAGUAUCAACGGUAAAAUGCCGUGCACAUGUGGGAACUGGAGGAGGUGGAUACGGCCUCUGGUGGUGCUUCUUUACAUUCUGCUGCUUUUGGCUGUGCUUCCACUUUGUAUAUGGGAACUUCAAAAAUCAGUGGUUGGUAUACAUAAUAAGGCUUGGUUCAUUGCUGGGAUAUUUGUAUUCAUGACUAUACCCAUCUCACUGUGGGGGAUACUGCAGCAUCUAGUACACUACACACAACCUGAGCUACAAAAGCCUAUUAUCAGAAUAUUAUGGAUGGUUCCAAUAUACAGCCUGGAUAGUUGGAUUGCAUUGAAGUAUCCCAGCAUUGCUAUUUAUGUAGACACAUGUAGAGAGUGCUAUGAAGCCUAUGUCGUCUACAACUUCAUGAUCUUCCUGCUCAACUAUCUGGGGAACCAGUAUCCUAGUCUGGUGCGGAUGCUGGAGGUGCAGGAGCAGCAAAAGCACCUUCCCCCUCUCUGCUGCUGCCCACCGUGGCCCAUGGGAGAAGUGCUGUUGCUCAGAUGUAAACUGGGAGUUCUGCAGUACACAGUUGUGAGGCCUGUCACCACAGUCAUUGCUUUGAUUUGUCAGCUUUGUAGGGUCUAUGAUGAAGGCAACUUCAGCUUUAAGAACGCCUGGACAUACCUGGUUAUCAUCAAUAAUCUCUCUCAGCUCUUUGCCAUGUACUGUCUUGUGCUGUUCUACAAAGCACUACGAGAAGAGCUGAGCCCCAUCAAACCAGUGGGCAAAUUCCUCUGUGUCAAGCUGGUGGUCUUUGUGUCAUUUUGGCAAGCUGUGCUCAUUGCACUCUUAGUGAAGGUGGGUGUGAUCUCAGAAUCUCACACCUGGGACUGGAAGAGUGUAGAGGCUGUAGCCACUGGAUUACAGGACUUUAUCAUUUGUGUGGAGAUGUUUUUGGCAGCCAUUGCCCACCACUUCAGCUUCACUUACAAGCCCUACAUCCAGGAAGCAGAGGAAGGUUCAUGCUUUGAUUCCUUCUUGGCCAUGUGGGAUAUCUCUGAUAUACGGGCUGACAUCUCGGAGCAAGUGCGCAAUGUUGGGAGAACGGUCAUGGGUCGGCCAAGGAAAACAUAUUUCGGUGAAGAGGUUUGCCAGGAUGAGAACACUGGACUUCUGUCAGCUGGUUCGCAGGACCCUGUUGCUGAAGCCUCCUCCACACCUGCAUCCCCCAAGGGCCGUUACCAAGGCAUGGGCCAAACUGUAACCCCCCACUACAUGUCUGCUCCUGCCAACCUCAGCUGUGCACCUUGGGAGGGAGAUGUUGAUGACAUUACUCCUACGGUGCUAUCCAGCGAUCAUAAAGACUAACAUGGCUCACAUUACGCUGCUAUCACUUAGCAUGCUAUGAGCUGCAGCUACCAAAGCUAUUACAGUGUAAGCACAUUGGUAUCAUGUGCAUAAGCUACCAUGUUGAAUAUGUAAGAACUGUUAAUGGGUACUAAUAUGGAUUAGGUACCUGUGGUUAAUAUGUGUUCAGAAAGGCUUGGUGAAGGGUAGCAAGAAAAUAUUUAAAGGACAUGGGCAGGUAACACUAUUUUGCUGAAAAACAUUACCAAAUUCAAAACUGACCUUAGAGCCAAGCACACAGUAAUUUAUCAAUAUAUGAAUACCAGUUUUAAUUGUUCGCAUAACCAGAUGACCGUUCCUUAAAGACAGCUUUACUCGAAUUAAAGAAUGUUUACUCGAAGUGAGAAAAACUAUACAUUGAUGAAGCUACUUCAGAAUUUCAUCGAUGGACUUCAUUGAUCUACUGGACUUUGUCAUUUUAAUAUUUUUUUCUUACAUUGAUUUUACUUUUAAACCCAUAUUAAGUAACAUUUGUGGAAAAACACCUUGACCAUAGACAAUAAUAUAUUUCCAGAAUGCCACAGAGAUUUGCAACAUUUUGUCUCUACUAAAAGCAUGUUGUAGAGCAACUACAAUAGGCUCUAAAUCACAUGAUGCUUAAGCACCCAUAGCUCUGCGCUUCAAAGGAUAGCAACUGCUCCUGGACAGCUUGCCUUCGUUACAGCCUCAUAUACCUGCAUCAAAACACGAAGCUGUCAUACACAGUUGCUGUUAAUUUUCUUCCGUUCCUUUAAAAAUUAUUUUUUUAUAAUUUUUGGUUGUUUUAUUAACUACAAAAAAUUUUGCAAUAUCAAAAUGUCAGCCAAAGAUGUCUUUUUUUUUCUGUUAAGAUAAAAUUGUCUUUACCUUUUUCAAUUUGUGAACUUUGUGUUGUCAUUAUAUUUAUACAGGUGCAUCUCAAUAAAUUAGAAUAU